GACUUUAGUAAGGAUGUAAGGUUCAGUAAUUUUUGAACUGACCGUUGUUCUAACCAACGUUUUUAUUAAAUGAACAAACACACCACUUUCUUCACUCCAAAUUAUGCUUUUUUGACCGAUACCCGCAACGAAAAUGAAUUUGUUCAAACGCGGGAUGAUAUUUAUGACCUUCUUCGUGUCUUGCAUAGCCAUGGCUCUUUUGGUUGCCAGCUUAGGGACCAAACACUGGGUGAACGCCAAGGCUAAACGCCUGAAAAAUCCAAUGGAAAGCGACGGGAAAAUCAAUUUCGGCCUCUUUGAUGGUAAAAAGGAAUUAAACGUGGCUUAUGGGUGGAGGACGUACGACAUAGACGUCGUACAUUUGCUCCGGUAUGAACCAGAAUUUUUGAUGUAUGGACUUUGGAUUGGAACUGUAACGUCCAUUAGCGCAGCAUUGCUGUUUUCAGUUUUCAGUUCAAUAUUUGCAGCAGUUAAUACUGCAACAAAUACAUACAGAUUUCUUACGGGAGUGUCUGGAUUGUAUUUUUGGAACUUUUUAGCAUUUCUUGCCGACUUGUGUGCUAUUGGAUUUUGGGUGGCCCAAUUUUUCUUUAGGAUCCAUUACAAUGUUUUAUCUAGAGAGGAUAAGGACAACGAAUGGACUUCAGAGGGAAUGGCGGAAUUAGGAUAUUCCUUCUGGUUUGCCGUAGGCGCAGCCGCAGCAAUGCUUGUAAAUAUAAUAAUAGUAUUCAUUGCAAAUAGCGAUAAAGAAGUUGAGACUGUAAUACCUGUAUUAGAAGAAAAAACCAAUGGAGCCAUCAUGUUGUAUUGAGUUAUCAUUUAAUUCGGCUGUACAUAUUUGCCUCUUACCUGUGAAGAUUUAUUUAUUAUCAAAAUAUUUUUUAUUCUUAUAAAUAAAUAAAAAAUAC